GCUCAGAGGAAGAUGUGUUGUCAUUUCCUCCUCUAGUAGCGGUACCUGAAUGCAGCUAAAGUUUGAACAGUAUGGCGGCGGAGUGCUUGACGACCAUCACAGAGCCUUGGAUACGAGAGAGACUACGACUAAAACAUCCCUCUCUGGGUGAUGUCCGCUCACUGAGCCUCCCGGGGACGUAUGAGGAGAAGAUAAGACAUCUGGGAAACGCACUGAGUAACUUUGUCCGUCUGAAGUCUCUGGAUCUUUCCUGCAAUGCGCUCUGCUCCAUCGAGGGGGUUCAACAUUUGAAAGUGUUGGAGAGGCUGAUCUUAUACAAUAACCGCAUACCUUCCCUUGAAGAGGUUAAGGUGUUGUAUGAGCUGCCAGCUUUGAGAGAGCUAGACCUCAGGCUCAACCCUCUGACUAAAAGUUACCCACAAUACCGCCCUUGUCUGGUGCAUGCAAUGUCCAACCUACGCAAACUAGAUGGCUGUUCAGUCAGAGACACCGAGCGCAAAGUUGCCAUAAUGCAGUUCUCCUCUGACUUUCUACCUCAACAGAAGAGCUCAUCCUUGAAUCAGGUUGCUGACCAAAGAAGCAGUGAUCAGAGACUGGCUUUAGUUGACCGCUUAACCAAGAGGCUCUCUCUCCUGACCGACACUGAUGAUAUUGUGUUGAAUUUUGUUGCGACGAAUCAUGGAAGCCAAAGUGAAACUCAGUCCCACUCGGUUCACAAGAAGGCAGAAGAAAACAAAGAGGACGAAUCAAAUGAUUUUACAGAACAGAGGAGUUCUACUCCAAAACAGGAAAAUGCUAAAUCCAUCCUCAGGUAUCCCCCUACAAACUAUGAUAACGCAGCGUCCAAAGUGCCACACAUGAAAGAAUCAUCUCAUAAAAGAAGCUCUACACCAAUAAAAGAAACUGAAAGACCAAAGGUGUCCUUUGGACCCUAUGUAGAGAAACACAGACCUGUGCUUGGAAAACAAAAGCAAAAGGACUUUCCCAAACAAACCAGACAUGCAGCCAAGGGACAUUACACCCCUAAUCCUGAUCAAAGUCAUCGUCAUAGUUCUUCAUUAGCUAAUAUCCGGCCUCCCAGUCCACGUCGUCCUGGUUUUGACUUGUCUGACCCCUCCAACCCCAUCUUACAUCCUCCAAGAUUGACCUACUCUAGCUUCAACAAGACAGAAGGGGGCUCCAGCCUGCCGCAGCAAGGGGAAAAGAAAAAAAGGGGUAGUUAUAGGAAACCCCUGGAGAUGCUCCUCAACCUCGUGGACAAACACUGGACGGGAGAGAGAUCGCUGCAUCAUAACAACAACUUCCUGUCUCAGGCAGUCCAGAUCCUCUCUAUGAUGGAAAAUGAUAUUUCCAGUCGGGAGGCUGAGGUCAGGACCUUAAGACGGGAAGCUGAUGCACUGAGCUUUCAAGCGGCUGCACGGGAGGAAGAGCACAAAACUGAAGUCCGCAACCUCUCCGGUCAGCUGGAGGAAGCUCGCAGUGCAGCUGGCAAACUAAACGAGCAGCUGAGGAUCGUCUUGGAGGAAAAUGUCGCUCUACAGAAACAGCUUAUCAAGUUAGAACGACAGUAUCUCAAGUCUAUGAUGAAAAGUUCACCCAUUACUCAGAUUAAAGAAGCUCAGACAGAAGUGGAGGAGCUGAGGAAAGAGAUCGAGGGGUUGAGGGAGAAAGUGCAGGAGGCUGAGAAAGUCAAGGAUUUGUCAGAUAUGCUGCAAGAAAGCCACAGAUCCCUGGUGGCUACCAACGAGUGUUUGCUAGCGGAGCUGAAGGGAAGUGGGGAACUUUAAAGAGGAAUUUGAAUGAAAAGGAUGCACACUGGGAUGAAAAUAUCAAAGCAAGACUAUGCCGAGCGUCAUUAGAUUUGCAUUAGCUCCACCAGGCCCAGGAGCUACAGACUGUUUUUAAUUAUUUUUACUUUAUAUCACUGGAGUGUACAUUUUUGUGUAUAUUAAGUUCCUCGCCCUUUUGAAAAAUGUAUUUAUAUUUGAAAAAAGAAAAAAAAAAUCUGUAUAGGCUGCGUUGAUGUAAACUGUAACGGGGAAAGGCAAUUCAUUCAAGGAAGUUUGUGUAUAAGUGUGUGACAGGGCUGUUAUGUUAAAUGAUUUUAAGGGGGAAAAUGUUAGUGAGAAGGUCAUGAUGUAUUUCCUGGAUCAGUGGCAAGAUUGUGUCUCUCUUAGCAGCUUUCUCCCGUUUUUUUUUUUUUUUUAGGUCACUUGUGUCUCCAUCUGCUUUGUACGCUGCAGUGGAAUGAAUGCAUCUAGAUUCCAGCUGCACUGUGACUUUAUUUAUACCUCUGCCUUCAGGCUUGAGAGCCACACACACACACACACACACUCACGCACGCACUUUCCUCUUACAAACACUAAUGCAAGACCUGGCAAACCAGGUUAGGAUGUUGAUGCUGCUACAUAAACUGAAUGUAGCUUUAGUUUUUUAUGUGACUGUUGCAGGUCACUGGCUGGUGCUACUGGUGUUCCCGAAAAAGCCAUAAGCACAUAAAACAUUGUGUUUUGACUGACACCCUGUAACCUACUCAGCAGAGGUUCUGGGGUGUGUUUUUUAUUUUCAGUAAUGCACUACAAAUCAUGAACACACAUUAAGAGGUCUAAAGAACAAGAACAAGAACAAAAACACACUGCAUGCACUGGGGCACAAUAGUACAUUAAGAGUUAUU